AUGGGCCGGCCUCGACAGCUACAAGAUCCAGCCCAAAGUCUGAUUGCCCUUCUACGAAAUGCUCAAGUGCUACAAGGAUGUUAUGCGCAUGUUCCUUCUCGUUGUUGGCCAUUUUCAGCUCGUCUCUUACCCUUCUAUCCAGAUUCUGUUUACAAGCAGAUAAUAGGGAUUCGAACGGGAUCGCCAUUGCCUUCUGGAUGGGAGAAGCUUUUCCAAUUGUUAGUUUAUUUCUUGGUAGAAGAUUAUACCAACUACUGCAUUCACAGAUUUUUGCAUAGCAAAUUGGGGUAUGAGAAAAUCCACAGAGUUCACCAUAAGUACACUGCUCCAUUUGGGUUUGCAGCACCAUAUGCUCCUGGCCACAUGGUCACAUUCUGGUUGUGGAGCAGAUUGGGGCCAUUGAAAACACGCAGCGGGAAGCUCAAGAACCGUAUGGUGGCUUUUCAAUAUCUGCUCGUUGUACGCUUGUUUUGUAUCUUGUGCACUGAAGUUUGA